AUGAAAGCAUUGGCUCGAUCAUAUGUCUGGUGGCCACAACUUACUAACUCAAUUGAAAAUAGAGUAAAAGAAUGCGCUUCUUGCCAGGAAACGCGAAAAAUGCCUGCAAAUGCUGAACUACAUAUGUGGGAAUUUCCCUCAAAUGCGUGGGAACGAAUUCAUGUUGAUUUUGCAGGACCGUUCAUGGAUAUGAUGUUUUUAGUUGUAAUUGACGCGUAUUCAAAAUGGGCAGAAGUAAUCCUAUGCGUUCUAUCAUCGCAAAGAACUAUCGAAGAACUCCGACACAUAUUUGCAAGAUAUGGUAUAUGCAAACAACUUGUGUCGACAAGACCUACUUUCGUCGGAAGAGUUUGCAAAUUUUAUGAAGAAUAA